GAAGUCGAUGAAGACCUGCGACGGAUAGCCGAGAGGGAGGCCUCGAAGGCGUUGUGUCCGUAUGGGACCCGUUGUUACCGCAAGAAUGUCAACCAUUUGCAGCAAUACAGACACGAAGCAGAUUCACCACAAGACACGCGUAACAAAGCUGUUCCCAAGGGUGAUGUCACUGUCAAAAGAGGCAAAAUCACUGAUUUCUUCACUAAGAAGACGAUCACUCCGAAGAAGAUAUCUCUGGAUCCGCCCAAAGAUGUCAGCGAUUAUGAGAUCGAAGACGACUCGGAAGACGAGGCCAACAAUUCAUCGACUGUUGUGUCCAAACGUCCCGCAAAUACGAGUUUCUCGACGCCGUCUAAACUGAAGAAGAAAUCUUCGCCCCGAAUGUCGAGGAGUGGUACUAAAGGAGCCAUUAGUCACAAGAAAGCGAUGAAAGGAAAGCGAGUCUAUUAUGAAGACAUCGAUGACGACUUCGACGACAGUUUGAAAGCAAUCAUAAACGACGACAUGAGUGGUAUGCCAUCCAAGAGAAGCAAAGCUACUGCCCAUACGAAUGUGAAGAGUCGAUCGCCGCUGAAGUCUCCGAUGAAGUCGCCAACGAAGUCAACGGUGAGACCAAUUGAAGGCUUGAUAGCAAUCGCUGAUAACAAAGACAAGACAACUGAUAGUGAGAUUUGCAUCAAAUCUGAUGCCAAACAAAGCUGUGAUUCUAUGACGAGUCCUGUGAAGACAAAGUUGACACCAAAACAGUUGAAUGAAGUGCUGAAAGAGAUAUUUUUGGUGGAAAUGCCGAAAGACUUCUUUGCUUUGUGGCAGUUCUGCAAAUCAAUUAAACCCGAAAAACCCGAAGACGCUCUGACCGAGAGCUUAGGGCUAAGACUUGUCGGUCCUUACGAUGUAUUGACUGGAAAGUUGAAGAAGAGUGCCAUUAAGGAUAGGGAACAAGUGUUGUGUCACUGGAGAUAUUACUACGAUUUGCCCGAAUUCCAGACAAUUGUGGCCUCAAACAAGAAUGGCUAUCAUUUGGGAUACUUUCGCGACACUCCCGAUGAAGAGAAUCCGGUUGUCGUGUCCAAUAGUGGCGACAACUCUACGAUUGAGGGAAUGGCUGAUAAUAUUUGUGCCGCAAUUUAUUCAAUGCUACAAAACCGCAAAUUUCGCGGCACUUCAGCUGCUAUCACAGAACUCGAGGUCAAACUCAGGAGUUUUUGCAGUAAAAACAAAAUCAAUUUCAGUGAUACCUGUAAACUACGAGAAAGGAAGUCGAAAAUAAUGGCCAAAUCGUUGAAUGGAUUCGGUUUUGUCGUUCCCUACGACAAGAAGACAGAACUGGGUUAUCGACCGCUUCCGCAGACAGACUCUGAGCUCAAGAAACUGUUUGCGGCGAUCAUCAAAGUGGACGUCGAUGUGAGAAAUGAAUGCAAAUCAAUGUCUGAAUUGCAGGAAAUCAUUCAAUUAGUGAGUUAUGCGAACGACGAGUGCGACUUCGGUAUGGGUCUUGAGUUAGGCAUCGAUUUGUUCAGUUGUGGCGAACAGUACUUCCAUAAGUCUGUCCUCUAUUUGCUUUCAAUGGCCUAUGAUUUUCUCAAACGAGAGCCGUUUAGUCGUACGACUUCGUUAGGCAUCGAUUUGUUCAGUUGUGGCGAACAGUACUUCCAUAAGUCUGUCCUCUAUUUGCUUUCAAUGGCCUAUGAUUUUCUCAAACGAGAGCCGUUUAGUCGUAUAAUCAACGCUCAUAUUAAUAACAGACGCAAAGGCUUUCAUUUGGAUUAUAUA